AUGUUCGAGGAUCAAAAGCUUGCUUCCAGCAAGCCCAUCUCAGUGCGCCACUGGCGGCAUACCCUGGCUGUUGCUUCCGGGCACCGUCCUCCUGCACCAGGAGGUGCGGACCCCGAAGCUACAGCGGCAAUUGCCACAGAGGAUCCCAACGGCUUGGAUAACUUUGCGGACGUCAGGGCGGCCAGUGGUGUGGAGCUUGAUGAGAUCCGGAGGGUGGCUUCUGCCAACAAUGCCUUUGUCCGACCGUUUGUCGUUGACAAGAGCAACGUCGUUCCGAUGUCUGGCGCGGAUCUGCUCCAGCAAAACAAGUACCGCAGCCUUCCGAACUCGCGUAUGGAUCUGGGUGCUGGGCAUGAGGAGCAGGUUCUAACAUUGGUCCCGCCGCUUGCCGCUCCCGCCGAGAGUAAAAUUUGGCUCGUUGCCUCUGCUGGCCAAUUCUGCGUGGUGAAUCCCCUGCGCGGGCAUGUGGAUCUGUGUCUACCCGGCAGCAAGCACGGAGGGGUGGAGGGCUGCAUCUUUUUUGUGCCAGCCGCACUGGUGCAAGCAUUGCGUACCGUGGUCCAAUGGGAGCAUGAUCUCGACGUCCUCACGUGUGGCGUGGGGACGCGUGCGUCCAAGCAUAGGCGAACGAACGCCGCCCUCCCGGACCUGCAAGCGUGCUUGGUCGCUGCUGCUGUGCGCGUCGCCCCUCUCCAAUCACGCGCUCCGCACGGCGCCGCCCCUUGCUGGCCAUCCAAGCCCGGCACAACAGUGGCUAACGCCGGCACCCACUCGGGCCGUGCGUUGUGUUGCGAUGCGACACUGGUAUCUCCCCUGUCCCGCAACGGGCAGCUGCAAGGCCGAGCUGCCGAGCAAAACGGGGCAGCGCUGGCCGCCGCCGAACGAAACGCCAAGCCACGUAUCCGAGAGGCCCGGCCGAAGGACAUCACGUUGCUGGUUGCGAAAAGGCCUGGGGUUGCCAAGUCGUUAUUGGCAGAAGAGCUCGCCCUGGCAACCGGCGAAAAGCCAUGCGUGUUGCAGCUCCAUCGCGACACACGAGCGGGCGAUUUAACAUCGCGAGGCGGCGUUGUCAAGAAACAGGCGCUGGAUGGAGGACGUGGCGAAGCAGUGAGCUACGUGGCCGAACCUGGCGGGGUGCUGACCGCCGAUGUGUGUGUGCUCGAUGAUGUGACGAGGGCCCCAGGCGAAGUCCUCUCGCGCCGUGCCCAGCCCUGCCUGCAACUGCACCUCGAGAUCUCGGUCAUCAAGAAUGCAGACAUGGCGGAGGAUAUGCAGCAGGAUGCGAUUGACUGCGCCACGCAGGCACUUGAGAAGUACAACAUCGAGAAGGACAUUGCUGCUUUUAUCAAGAAGGAGUUCGACAAGAAGUACAACCCGACCUGGCACUGUGUGGUCGGUCGAAAUUUUGGCUCCUAUGUGACCCACGAGACCAAGCAUUUCAUCUACUUCUACCUCGGGCAAGUGGCCAUCCUGGUGUUCAAGUCCGGCUAA